AUUAUUUAAUAGACCGAAGUUACACCUCUUUUGAAAUAAGCAGAAAUUAUUUAUUUAUCAUGCGGUCAUUUUGAAGAUUUGAAUUCAGAAUUUUCCCACCCGACUUCCUAUGCACAGAGCACAUUGAGUAGCAGCGGCGGCGCUAAAGAAGGCAGGUUCAAAGAGUUGGCACAUUACACGGAUCAAAAGCAGAUCAGGUAAGCGCAAAACAUGGAUGAGUAUGAAGUGAUUGACAGAGAUGGCGAUCAUUUAGCGCGGAAGCAGGAGGAUGGCAACGAAUGGGAGACAUACAAAGAGAAUGUGAAGCCUCUCAAGGGAGGCCGCAAUGUCAAACUACUUAACGAGGCCCUCAAAGGACACCAACACAAUUCACUGAAGCACUCUCUUCUCGAUAAGCGCAGGGAGCUCAUCGAGGCCAUUGAUGAAUACACCGGCGACGAUCCUCUCGAGCCAUGGAUCGCAUGCAUCAAAUGGGUUCGAGAGUCUUUUCCAUCUGGUGGAGAUCAGUCAGGACUGCUUUCAAUCUAUGAACAAUGCGUGCGUGCAUUUUGGAAGGAAAAACGUUAUCAUGGUGACCUUCGUUAUGUGAAGACUUGGCUGGAGUAUGCCGAUGAGUGUGCUGAUCCUGAAGUAGUCUAUAGUUUUCUAGAUGUAAAUGGUAUUGGAGAAGAUCAUUCCUUGUUUUAUAUGAGAUAUGCAACAUGCUUGGAGCUGAAAAAUAAGAUGAAAAAAGCAGAUGAAAUAUAUUCUUUAGGCAUUGCAAGGAAUGCGCAACCGUUGGAGAAAUUGAAAAAUGCUCAGAAGCAAUUUAGAAUACGUGCAAGAAAAGCUUGCAAGCAAGAGGAAGAUGAUACAUCACCAUCUAGAGGAGAAAAUGGUCCUUUUCGAAGCUUUGGUACCAUCAUGAGUGGUACAUCAGAUACAACAUCAAGGCAACCUUUGCAAUCAUUCCAAGGUGCUAGGAAGAGAAUGAAACCAUUGUCAGAGAGAAAUGAAAACCAGAACCUCAUUAUUUAUAGCGAGUCAACAAAUGAAUCACAUUCAAGUCCUUCAGAACCAGCUGUAAGUCAAGGGCAAACAAGAGUGGGCCAACAACAAUCUUGGAAGACUCUUGGUACUCGACUAGAGAGAAAUAAAGAAAACACCGCCAUGCCAGCAAAGUGGACUGGUAACAAGAUUCCUCAAAGAACAACUUCAAAAGUUGUUGCACCUAGUCUUCAUGUAUUUGUUGAUGAAGAAUGUCCAAGGAACAUUUCUGGUGGUAAUAGUCUUAGUAAAAAGCCUAGCAAUGGUUUGGUUCUGCAAAUGAUCCAUGGAGACCUCCAAGCUAUCAAGAGGGAAGUGGAGCUGCUGAAGAACAACCCUUUGAUAUAUUUUCCAAGGGAAGACCUUCCAAGAUAACAGAAGUUAUCUUUGGUUUGUUCUUUUUGUUACGGAUCAAAUAAUGAAACAUUUAGAGACAUUUGUUUAUUGUGAAAAGUAUAAGUGUGAUGUUUUCAAACUUAUAUCUAAGAAUUAUUAGAUGUAUUUUAUUUGACGAGGUCAAGUGUAGAUCUUAGUGUUACAAUAAUCUAUGAUUAAUGGAUUUAAUUAUUUAUUA